GGAGACAUUUUAACUUACCGCCGUGAAGGAAAUUACAGCAUAAAUCCAUGGGAGUUAAGAGCGAGAGUAUUUUUGAUUUAUUUACCAAUGAUCAAACACACUUUCACUUAAGACAAAGAGACUGGCCCUUCACUCGCCCCGCCGCCGCCGCCGCCUCCUUCUCCAAGUCACUCCCUUGAACCCCGCCUCCCCGCUUCCCGGCUCCCCUUUUCCCUCCCUCGCCUCCGCCGGCCCACCCUCAUCGCUACGCCUGCUGAAUAUAGGAGAGAGCUGAUCACCUGUGCGUUCAGUGCCAUGCUGAGAACGCUUGUGCUUGCCGGAGUGGUGAGUGUGUGCGGAGGGAGCGCGCUGCGAGGGGCGCCGCGAGGCCGGAUCUUGAGCGGGACUGAGGCCACACCGCUGCAGUUCCCGUUUUUGGUGUUCCUCAGGGUGGGAAAGCCCAACGUGACCUUCGUGUGUGGCGGUAUCCUGCUGGACGUCCAGAGGGUCCUGACCGCCGCGCACUGCCUCGAUGACGUCCAGCAGCCCCAGGACAUCACGGCGGUGGCGGGGGAGCACGACUUUGUGACGGAGGAGGGCGAAGAGCAGACACGUGUGGUGGAGGCGAUGUGGACGCAUAACCACUUCCAAGGAGACCCCAAGUUGGCGGCGGACCUCGCUAUUCUGGAGGUCCUGGAGCCCUUCGUGUUGGCGGGGUCCCUCAAGACGGCGCCCCUGGCAGAUGAGGAGCCCGUGGAUGGGACUGUCUGCACCGCGGCGGGCUGGGGCACCACUGCGGAGUUCGGCGAGGUGUCCCCUGUGCUCCUGACGGCCGAUCUGACGGUGGUUAAGAGGAGCCGGUGCCGGGAGACCAUCGUGACCCACCGCCCCACAGCCAUCGUAGACGAGUCGGUGAUCUGCGCGGGCGGCGACGGAGUUCAUGACACGUGCGAGGGUGACUCUGGAGGGCCUCUGGUGUGCGAGGGCGUGGUGGCGGGGAUGGUGUCCUGGGGCGUGGGGUGCGGCCACUUCGGGGUGCCUGCUGUUUACACCUCCGUGCCACACUGGAGGGACUGGAUCGCCGCCCACCAGAACGCGACGUCUGAUCCUGCGUCACAGCUUCUCAUUCCCACCCAGCAGAACAUGACUUUAACAUAGGCUCCUUCCCUCUCACAACCUCCUCCUUCUUCCAAGCUACCACAAAAUGCACAGAACUUGACUUUACCACACUCUCCUUCGUUAGCCCAACCUCCUCAGUCUCCUCAGCCAACCCAGACGAACAUGACUUUGACAAAUUCUUCUUCUUUCGCUCAAUCGCCUCCUUCUCAGUCUUCUCAAUGGACACAUAAUCUGACUUCAACAUUCUAGUUCUCCCUCUCACCCAUCUCUCUCUUCCCAGGUAUCACAAGAGGAACAGAAUCUGACUUUAACAAACUCUUUUUCCCUUGUCCAAUCUCCUCCUCCUUCCCAGUCACCCAAGUCAACACGGAAUCUGCCUGCAACACACUCUAGUUCUCCCUCUCACCUGUCUCUCUCUUCCCAGGUGUCAAAAGAGGCACAAAAUUUGACUUUAACAAACUCUUCUUCCCUUGCUCCACCUCCUCCUUCUUCCCAGUCACCCAAGUCGACACGGAAUCUGCCUGCAACACACUCUUGUUCUCCCUCUCACCUGUCUCUCUCUUCCCAGGUGUCACAAGAGGAACAAAAUAUGACUUUAACAAACUCUUCUUCCUUUGCACAACCGCCUCCCUCUUCUUACCCGUGACAAACAGCACAUAACAUGACUCCCCUUGCCCAACCUCCUCGAUCUUCCCAACCAACGCAAACGAAGAACCUAACGCCACCACUCUCUCCUUCCCUCUCACAAACGAUUUCCUCUUCCCAGCUUCCACAAAGGGCACAAAAUCUGACUUUAGCGCACUCUCCUUCCCUCUCUCACCCGCCUCCCACUUCAAAGCCAUCACAAACACCACAGAACCUGACUUUAGCGCACUUGACUUCCCUCUUUCAGCCGCUUCCUUCCUCGUAGCAAUCACAAACAGCACAGAACUUGACUUUAGCGCACUUUCCUUCCCUCUCUCAUCCGCCUCCCGCUACAUAGCCAUCACAAACACCACAGAACCUGACUUUAGCGCACUUUCUUUCCCUCUUUCAGCCGCUUCCUUCCUCGUAACCAUCGCAAAUAACACAGAACAUGACUACCACAUUCUCCUUCCGUAACUCCACCAUCUCCUACUGCCUAACCACUUUCAGAACCAUACAACAGCCUCCACUGUAUUAACACCCAUCAGCAGUUUAGUUCAUAUUCUUUAUUUUCGGUGUUUCAAACUUUGCUCAACAGAAUACAAAGAUACAGUAACAUUAGCUUGAGUUUCCCCUGAGAUUUACGUGAGUCUUCGUUUUCUGGUGAGCUGUGUCUUAAGGGUAAACUCCGCUGUGUGGGUUACGCCUCCAGUUGGCAAUGGGCGUCUGUUGUUGAGGAGGCUGAGAAUGGAUUAGAUACUCGGGACUCUGGAAUACGCUGUUAACUAAGACCAGGUUGAUGAAAGACACUAUGAAACACUCUGGAAGGACGCCGACUCCCUUUCAUAAUAAAAUGGGUAACAGAGGUAUAAUAGGAAAUGGGACGUAGGGGUGUUGCAAUGUAGCUACCCAGUGCCUUACAAGUCACCCCCUGUUAACUAAGACCAGGUUGAUGAAAGACGCCAUGAAACACUCUGGAAGGACGCCGACUCCCUUUCAUAAUAAAAUAGGUAGAGGUAUCAUAGGGUGUUGCAAUGUAGCUGCUCACCUAGUUUCCCCACGGCCUAGAUCCCCAGCAGGAGCUUCUAUGCGUUUAUCCGGAACACACGCGGGUUUGUUAUCAAAUUUUUCCUUAUCUAACCCUCAAAUUAACGCAACACAACAUCAGCAACACAGGAAAACAUGGAAAACUAGUGAAUCAAUGUAGCCAGGCCAUAAACAAAGCCUGGUGUUGCAUAGAACGGGUUAAAAUAGAGAUAAUGAAGAGAAGGGUUAUGGCAACACUGGGACCCCUCACACUCCCGGCCCAUUAGCAUCAUAUAGCGUUGGUUUCGUAAGUGUAACGUUUUCUGUGUGUCAAAUAAACUUCAUCUAACCA